AUGGAAUGCCAACCUAAAGACGUCUCAAAGAAGCUCGAUCGCGUAGAGCAAAUAUCUCAGACUCUUCUACCAGCAAACAACAACUUGGAAGACCUCAUCCAGACUUAUUCCAGCAAUUUUCCAGUCAAAAAAGCAAUAACCAUCAUCAAGUCUCAUGGCGAUGGUUUUCAAGUAAUCCUUACUGGAUCCACUGGCUACUUGGGAUACUAUUUUCUCAAAGCUUUAAUCGCAGAUUCUAAAGUCGCUAGAAUAGUAUGCUUUGAUCGCUCCGAAGCCGAAAAAGACUUUAUUGCCGAAUUCGGUGACUUGGACGGAGCUCAAAAGGUUCAAUUCGUCAAAACAUCCUUUGGUGAGCCAAGAUUUGGUCUAGAGCCUGCCAUUUAUCAAAACUUUCUUGAAACUAUUGAUGUGAUCCUACACAAUGCUUGGUCAGUCGACUUCAAUCUACCCAUCGAGUCUUUCGAAAAAGUUCACGUUGCCGGCGUUCGCAAUUUUAUCGACUGGUCUUUAUUGUCUCCACGCAAAGUGACAAUCCAAUUCAUGAGUUCGCUCGGCUCAUUGGCGAGUUGGCCAUCCUUCCGGCCCAAGACACCAGUAUCGGAACACAUAUUCACUGAUAGCAACUUGCCAAUGUUAGGCUAUGGGCAAUUCAAGUUCAUAGCAGAGAAUAUCCUAAACAAUGCUCCAGAAAUACACGGUAUCUCGGUUGAUGUGUUGAGAUGUGGACAAAUUGGUGGCCCGUCUGGUGAUGGAAAGAAGCAGUGGAAUGCUCGGGAUUGGUUCCCAAUUUUACUGCAAACUUCCAAAGCACUGGGAUUGGUGCCAAGUGACCUUGGGGCUCAAGAUCUUAUUCAAUGGAUUCCGGCUGAUAAUGUAUCACAAAUUAUCGUUGAGCUGAUGCAUGGAAGUGAUACAAGAGAAGGUCUGACAACUUUCAAUCUCAUCAAUCCGAAGUUCGUCAAGUGGAGUGACCUUGUUCUUGGGGUCAAGCAAAUACUCGGUGUGACCAAAGAAGUCUCAUUGCGGAAUUGGCUCAUUGAGCUUAAGAAACAUGACGCUACGUCAAGGGAUGAUCUAGAGAAAUUCCCAGCGCUUAAACUUUUGGGAUUUUUUGAAUGGGUAGCUAAUGAGGAAAGAUUGGUCAUGAUUACUGAGAAUGCGCAAGUUGCGAGUCCUUCAUUUAGAGAUUUGGCUCCAAUAAAUGACGGAAUGAUUGGAAGAUGGGUGAAGGAUUGGGAUUUCUAG